AUGGCAGCAGAAAACUACGAAGCAGCAAUCUCCUUAAUCGAUGAAGCCCACGCCCAAGACCCCACAAUCAAAAUCGUAAACGGCGAAGAUAUACCCUACGAACUCUUCUACGCGCAACAAAUGACCAAAUACCUCACUCUUCGCUGUCCCAACGCCUCCCCAAUCCUCAAAGUCGCAAUCCGCGCGCAGCAUUUCCGUCGCUGGGAGAUCCCUCGCGAUAGCUAUCCGCUGGGCAAAGUCGGCUACUUCAAAUGGCGCACAUUCCUGAAGAAACGACAAGCGGAUCUCGCGGCGGCGAUAUGUAUAGGCUGUAAUUUCACGAGGGAGGAGGCGGAGGAGGUUGCGCGGUUGAUACGGAAAGAGGAUUUGAAGGAGAAUGAAGAAACGCAGAUACUUGAGGAUGUGGCUUGUUUGGUGUUUUUGGACGACCAGUUUGAGGCGUUCAAGGGGGAACAUGAUGAUGGGAAGGUGGUGGAUAUACUGGUCAAGUCUUUGAGGAAGAUGAGUAAGGAGGGGAUUGAGUUGGCGGCCAACAUUGAUAUGAGUGAAAAGAGUCAGGCGUUGAUUGGGAGAGCGGUGGAGGAAUUGGGGAAGUCGAGUCAGGGGAAGAGUUCGUCUUCAUAG